AUGAUGAAUGCUAGCUACAGAAAUGAAGAAAUGCUGAAAAGAGACAAGGCACCAAGAAAUGACAGUCCCAAGACUUCAUUGGAGCUAGUUAAGUCAUGGAAGGAAGAAGGAAACUCCCUUUUCAGUCAGGGAGAUAUUGAUGAUGCAUUAGAACAUUAUGGUUUUCCUGGAGUGAUGCUUAGCUUAAUUAUUUUGGAGGAGGAACAUAUUAGAAACUUUUGUGAACUAUCUUACUGCAUCUUGCUGACUCUAGCUGCAUGUUUACUGAAAAAGAAUGAAUUCGAUCAAGUUGGUCUUCUUUGUUCUAUUGUUCUAAGCUUUGACCCGUGCAAUGUGAAGGCCUUUUUUAGAAGAGCUAAAGCAGCGGAAGGGAUAGGAAUGUGUGACUUAGCUUAUUGGGAUUUAGUGCAAGGCUCUAAAAUUGACCCACUAAAUAAAGAGAUUAUUGCAAAGAAACUACAUGAAGUUAAGAGUUUGUUUGAGUAG